GCCACUUGUUCCGCUGCAGCGGUUUGGCUACCAGUCACAAAGCAGGUUCCAUUGCCGAGUGUAUCCCGAAGGUCGUCUGCCGGCGAUGGGGAGGGUUGCUCUUGCGUUCCCCACCUCCCGCCGUCGCGGGCAGGCCUCCUUAGUUUAUAUUUGACCUGGUCUCCCGCCGAUCUGGUUUGGCUUCCGUCAAGGACUUUGGUUACGACCCCAAAAUCAUUCGUCCGCCACCCGAGCCAGCGUUUACCACGGCUUUCCUUCACGUCUGACUACAUUUGUUCAAGAAACUUGAGCCUUCUAUUGCGAGGGUUUCUUCUUUUUCGUCUCAUAAGCGGCCGAAACCAAACUUUGAGAUCGGCUGCAGAUACAUCCCGCCACCAUGAGCGACACGGAGAAGGCUGCGGCCUCGCAUACAUCAGACCAAGGCACGCAGGAUAUUGCGCGCGACCCAGAUGCGCAUCUCAGUGAGGAAGAGAGGCUUGAAGUCGAACGAAAGUUAGUCAGGCGGCUUGACUGGAUCUUGAUUCCUUGGCUGUGCAUCCUCUAUCUCUUGGCGUUCCUCGACAGAACCAACAUCGGAAAUGCGAAAAUUGCCGGUCUGAACAAGGACUUGGGCUUGACGAGUUCCAUGUACAACUCGUCGCUCACAAUCUUCUUCGUCUCGUAUGCGGUGUUCGAGCCCUUGACGAACAUUCUGCUCAAGAAGCUGCGGCCUUCAAUCUUCAUUCCAAUUAUCAUGAUUCUCUGGGGUGCAUCGAUGACGGGCAUGGGAUUCGUGCACAACUGGAGUGGGUUGAUGGCCGCACGCUGGUUCUUAGGCCUUACCGAGGCUGGACUCUUCCCGGGUGUGAACUACUACCUGUCGUGUUGGUACAAGAGGUCAGAAUUCGGCAUUCGUGCAGCCAUCUUCUUCUCAGCGGCAGCCAUCUCGGGCUCAUUCGGUGGCGCCCUCGCAGCAGGCAUCGAGCAAAUGGCCGGUGUCGGCGGCCGCCCGGGCUGGGCAUGGAUCUUCAUCCUGGAAGGCCUCCUGACCGUGGUCUUCGGUGUUGCGUCCUUCUGGAUGGUCCACGACUUUCCCGACGAGGCCAAAUUCCUCUCCGACGACGAUCGGGCCCGCGUCAUCCGCCGUCUCAAGAUGGAUCAGCAAGCCUCUGCCAACCACGAGGAGUUCAAGAUGACCUUCUUCUGGCAGGCCGUCAAGGACUGGAAGAUGUGGCUGGGCAUGGUCAUUUACAUGGGCUGCGACAUGCCGCUGUACGCCUUCAGUCUGUUCUUGCCUACCAUCGUCAACGAACUUGGGUGGAAUACGAGUAUCGUACGGUCGCAGCUGAUGACGGUCCCGCCUUACGCUGCGGCAGCGAUUUUCACCAUCUUUAUCGGAUAUGUGGCGGACAGGACGAAGCAACGUGGUCUAUGUAAUAUUGGAGUCAGUCUCAUCGGCAUAGUGGGCUUCUGCAUGCUCAUCGCUACCGAGAGCGCCCAAGUCAAAUAUGCAGGCACCUUUCUCGGAGCUCUGGGUAUCUACCCGUGUAUCGCCAACACCAUCACCUGGGUCGCGAACAACAACGAGGGCGUCUACAAGCGCGGCGUCGUACUGGGGUUCGUGAUUGGAUGGGGAAACCUGAACGGAAUCGUCAGCUCCAACAUUUACUUCCAUGGGCCGCGGUUUCCAGAGGGUCAUGGCGUUGUGUUGGCGUACAUGUCCAUUUUCUUGUGCGGCGGCAGCGCUCUCAUGACGACGUUGCUGAGGAUCGAGAAUAAGAAGAGGAGGCAGGGGAAGAGAGAUCACUGGGUGGAGGGUAAAUCUGAGAAGGAGAUCGAGGCGCUCGGGGACAAGAGGCCAGACUUCCAGUACACUUUGUGAUGAAGUCCUAGCAAGGCCAUGUCUAGUAGCUGAGACCGGGUGUCACAGACAGUAUCUCAAGAGAAU